AUGGAUUUCAGAUCAGGAUCAGGAUCGGCUGGUGCGCCAAUGCAUGUCGACCGGAAACUGCUCUAUACAAGCUUGGAAGAGCGAAUCAAGUACCUCCAUAGCUUCCUCGACUUCAACUCUAGCGAUAUCGAAGCACUGCUCUCUGGCAACAAAUACAUCAAACAAUUGAUCCCGGCAGUCGUCAACCUGGUAUAUAAGAAGAUUCUCCAAUAUGACAUCACAUCCCGCGCCUUCCACACACGGACAACAGUCGACGAGACCGAACCCGAGGAGGGCUACCUCCAGGAAGACACACCGAAAAUUCAGCGCCGCAAGCUGUUCCUGCGCUGGUACCUGACGCGUCUAUGCCAGGACCCGACAACAAUGGAAUUCUGGCGGUACUUGAACAAAGUUGGCAUGAUGCACAGCGGACAAGUACGCAGAACACCUCUCAACAUCGAGUACAUUCACCUCGGCGUAUGCCUGGGCUACAUCCAAGAUAUCUGGAUCGAAGCCAUGCUAUCCCACCCACACCUGUCGCUGCGACGCAAGAUCGCGCUCGUGCGCGCCGUCAACAAGAUCCUCUGGAUCCAGAACGAUCUCUUCGCCCGGUAUCACUCUAGCGACGGUGAAGAGUUCGCCGACGAGAUGUCCAUGUUCAACUAUACCGAGGAUCAGGAGGGAUAUCUCGGCGAAAAGCGCAUUCUCGGCAGCAGCUCCGGUAGCUCGACCGAGGAUGACCGGUCCAGUAUUUCUAGCGGUAUAGCGCCCUCUAUAGAUGGUGUGGCGCCUUCCAUACACAGUGUGGCGCCGUCCAUACAAAGCGCGUCCACUGCGCCGAAGGGAUCGGCGUGUCCCUUCGCAGAGAUGGCCAAGGGCAGCAAUUCGACCGAGACGAAGAUUUGGGCCAAUUGA